CCGAUAUGCAUGUCUUCUGCUCCUGCAAGUGUCGCAGCAUCAGCAAAGGCAGUUCCGUACGCUGUGUAGUUCUAUUUGCUGGCGCACCUCAUUAGACUGCGACUUCUCGGGGUCUGGGGACUCGACGGGCCCGAGCAGGUGACAGUAUCCGAACGCCAACCAUGUAUAUCAGAAGGUAGAGGAGUCGCACGAUUCUUGGAUCAACUCAAGGUGUGAUGAAUACAGCGAUAACGACCACCUACUAAACGACCCAGUCACAGCCUCCUCCUUCACCACCAACCAUGCGCGUUCUCAUCUCAGGGGCUGGCGUGGCAGGUCCAAGUUUAGCAUGCUUCUUAUCCAAGAUGGAGCACGCAUUGCCAUCGUCGAAAAAGGCCCAGCACUUCUGCCCCACGGACAGAAUGUCGACAUCACUGGUGUCGCCAUGACAGUCAUCAAGAAGAUGGGCCUCUUCGACGAGGUCAAACGCUACCACACCCAAGAGGAGGGCACUCAGUUGGUCGACCACAACGGUCGACCACUCGCCUCCUUUCCGAUUAAGGAGAACUCGAUCGCAAGUUUCACAUCCGAGUUUGAGAUUCUACGAGGAGACAUGGCAAAGAUCCUCUGGGAAGCGUCAAGAGCCCAAACUUCGACAGAGUUCCUCUUCGACACCACGAUUCAGCAAGUCCUCCACAACGACGACGACAGCGUGAAGAUCGAACUCAGUAACGGCUCCGUGCAAGAAUUUGAUCUGCUAGUCGUAGCGGACGGCCAGUGGUCAAAGCUGCGGAAACAAGUCUUCGUACCGGAGUCUGUAAAUGUGAUUGACAAGAACAUGUACGUUGUGUACUUCACCGUUCCCAAGACGAAAACAGACAACAAGUGGUGGAACGUCUAUAUCGGCUUGCAAUCACGUAUCAUCACUCUCCGGCCCGACCCCCACGGCACCACCAGAGCAAUGUUUACCAUCAUGCCGCACAACGAGGCCCAGAAAAUUGCCUGGCGAAACGCCAUACGAGCAGGGCGAACAAAGCAGGAACAGCUCGUGAAGCAGGAGUUCGCAAGUGUGGGGUGGGAAGCGAGGAGACUCCUCGACGCAAUGAGCGCGGCGCCGGACUUCUACUUCCACCCCAUGCAGCAGAUCAAAAUGGACAGGUGGAGUCACAAUCGCGUCAUCUGUCUGGGAGACACCGCAUUCGCGCCCACGCCGCUGACGGGCAUGGGCACCAGCCUGGCGAUACUGGGAGGCUGUAUGCUCGCUGGCGAGCUGGCGCAGCUGCAGCCUGAUCAGCAUCCCAUGUCAGCGCUGGACGCGUAUGAGAAAGCGUUUCGCCCAUUCGUUGAGCAGACGCAGAAGAUCCCUGGCAUCUUGCCAGGCGCAGUGCAUCCAGACAUGGCGUGGGAAAGGUGGUUGCUCCAGUCUGGCAUAUCGGUGGUGGCAUGGGCGGCCAGCUUUCCGUCGUUUGCAAGACUGAUCGGAGGCAAUAGAACUGCAGAGGAGAACAACAAUGGGUUCAAGCUACCGCGGUACGAAAAACUCGAUCGAAUGCUUUAGGUCGAAAUCAUAUCGACGCUGUGAUUGUACCAUACAAAUCAUCCUUGCUCCAUGCUCUCCAAGCUCCACAGAAACUUUUACGCGCCGCAAAGCUUGAAAAGAUGGCGAUGUGUCACUGCAACGAUUUCUAAGAUCCAGUGGUUCUUGGCGAAGGAAAAAUUAUACUCGAGACUUAUUUUGCAGGAAGGUGGUAAACCCAUCAGACCCACACACGGUCUUGCUCUCAUCAUACAGUUGCCAGCGAGAAAUUCUGUGUGAGUACCUACGGGCGCAUGUAACCGCACAAGCAAAAGUCUGCG